AUGAUGUCACCUUUUCCUGUCUACGGUCAGUCGUGGCCUUCGCCUGGCGGUACCACGUGGAGUGCAGAGAAUGCCCAGGGCGAGGAGUGUGUGCGCAUUUCGGUCACGGCCAAGGAGAAGCUCAAGUUCUGGCCCACAGAGGCGGUGGUGCAGUAUCGGCUGCGAGAGCAGGGUGCUCAUGCCAAGCCUCUGCUGGCCAAGCUGGAGGACCAAACGGAGCGCUUCCGGCUGGCCGUGGAGGCCAUCGACCUGGCCUUGGCUGGUCAGCCCCACGACGACGACGACAAACCACCCAGCAAGACGGGCGACAACGCGCGAGCGGCGGAGGAGACCCUUUUGCCCUCGGUGCCUCGCACGACCGGCUUUGCGUUUCAGACCAACGUCGGAAGGCCGCCUUGGGUCACCAACGUCCCACCUCCGCCUUGGGCGACUAACGCGCCGACGACGCCGACGCCGACGCGGACACCGACGCGGACACCAACGGCGACAAGUGACAACGGCGAUGCCGAUGAGGACCUUUACGGGCGGGGCAGCGGUGGUGGUGGCCGGUCAUACUUGGGCGGCUUUGCGACGACCGCGAGCGGCUCGUCUUCACCGCCUCAGUUCUCUCCGCCGGUGGUGGCGCGCAGUCAAUCGAAUCUUCUCUCCGCCGCCGGUGGUGGCGCCUUCGCCGCUUUGGAUCUCGAGAGGCCCGCGCCGAAGCGCCCUCUCUCGCUCAAGGAGCUGUGCGAGGGGCUGGUGGUGAGUGCGGUGGCGUUGGACAACGUAAUGGACGUGCUGAGUGCCGUCGGGCGACAUUCCGACGCGGUCAAGGAGCACUGCCUCAAGUUCAUCGGGCGCAACUUCAGUCGGGCGCGCAAGGUGGAGGAGAUCAGGGCAGCGCUCGAGGAGACCGUCGACGCACACUCGGAGUGGGGCGCGGCGGUGCGUCGCCACAUCGAAAACGCGCCCAGGGUACGGGUCGAGGCGGUGGUGCUGGGUCCGAAGGAGAAGGACAACAACUUGCCUGUCUACGGCCAGCCAACGGCGCAGACCCCCGGGUUCUCCGCGCACCGGGACUGCUACGUCGUCAUCCCGCUGCCGCGCGCCGCGACCGAGGCCGCUGGACCCACCGACGAUGCGGAGGCGGCCCUCGAAGCCAACCGACGAGUGACGGGUGUCAUCGAUUCGCUCCUCCGCCACUCCUUCCUCCCCCACCAGCUGCAGCUCGCCCAGAAUCACCUCUCGUUCAGCUAUUCCUCAUCCCAGACUGUGGUCAAGUUUGUAUCGCACGCCAAAACGGAACCGCUGCCCGCGGAAGUGAUGAAACGGCUCCGGGACAAGGCCCACAGCAUCGCACUCACCCAGGCCACGGCCCAAGGCCUGGGCACGUUGCGGCUGCGCAACACCAACGUGUUCGGACAUGUGCAACGCAAGGGACCCCCCAGCCCCAUGGAUAUCGUCGUCGGCCUCUCCUCCCCGGCCUACGCGCCCAUCGUCUACCAGGCGCAGCUGCAGGCCACGUUCGAGGUCAAGCCCACACAGCCAUGA